UAUAUGUGUGUGUGAGAGAGAGAGCGAGAGUGAGAGUGAUAUAGGGAUACAUACCUGUCUACCAUCAUGGUUACUAUAUAUAUAUGAAUGUAUGACAGGAAGGAUAAAUUACAGUAAAUGAGGCGAAAAGUUAACAGUUUCAUUUACUAGAUUGUAUAUACCACCACCAAAUUGAUGACAUAUCUAUCUAUCUAUUUAUCUACCUCUAGAGUAUAUCAGACAAAUAAACAAAAUAAAAAUCAGUUAUGUCGAUGAUAAUGAUGACGAUGAUGAUGCCGCUGAUGAUGAUGGCGAUGAGUACAGUAUGACAGCUAACAAUUCUAUGAUCAAAGUUAAUUAUCACUAUACUAUACAAAAUUCCUUUACCUAAUUCUAUUUGCUUAUCGUUACUCUCAUAUGUGCGUAUAUUAGUAUCUAUGUAUCUAUCUUAUACUUAUGUAUACAUGAAUACAUACCCUACAGAUAGACAAUGGUUACUUUGUAACACGCCCAUGGUUUCACAAAAACGACAUUGUUAAAUUGGAGGAAAAUGUAUUUCUUCCUAUUUGAUUACAUUUACCUUUAAUAUAUGUCUCGUAUAUACAUACAUCCCCCAGCAUCACCACCACACACAUACGUACAUAUCUAUAUAUACAUAUAGAGAGAGACAGAGUCAUUUGUACUGUAUCAUCAAAUGAUUAUACACAUUUUUUACUCCAUAGACAACAUGAUGAAAGUACCGCAUCACUACACUAAACACAAUAACAGGAUUCAUAUAUUCAUAAUGACGGAUAAGGAUUUCAGCGGGAAAUUUAUUCUUUCAUUUUAUGAAUUAUGUUAGUUCAUUUAGAGUUUUAUUUUAUAUGUCAAAUUAUGAUUUUCAUGUCGAAUGUAUGGAUACUAAAGAUGAUACAAGCUAAUCAUAUCACCAUGGUAACUAAUCAUAGUACUAAUAAUAAUAGUACUAAUCAUGGUAAUAAUAAUAAUAAUAUGUAUGAUUUAUUACCUAAUUCUACUGAAAACCUUUUGAAUAAGGAAACACAAAUUGAUUUAAUUAAUCGUUUACCACGUUACACACAAAUAUUGUCAUCUUCGUCGUCGUCGUCGCCGACGUCUUCAUCAUCGUCGGCGGUGACAACAUUCUUAGGUUCAGAAUUCAUUCAACUUAGUUAUCAUUGUAUAGUCUACGAUGAAACACCAGCUCAGUAUAAUUUACUUGAUGAAACGAAUGGAAAUACAUGCCAGUUACUAUCACCAUCGUCACUAUCGUCAUCAACAUCAUUAUUGAAUACACAAAUGAUUAAAACAAAACACUUCGAGAAGUUAUUCAUCAAUGUGAACAUUAUUACAACAGCUAAUCCUAUGGCAAAAUAUUUUAAUAUUAAUCUCAGUAAUUAUACAUUGUAUACAAGUCAACAUAUUGAUCGUGAAGAAUUAUGUAAUCAAGCAAUGAUAAUGACUAUGACAUCAUCUAUACCAGAUUCAUUAAGAACAUGUUGUAUAAAUCGUCGAAAAGAAUGUAUUUUUCCAUUGAAUAUACUUGUACAAACAAGAAUUGGUAGAGAUGAUGAUACUACUACUAAUACAGUUAGUAGUAGUAGUGAUAGUGAUAGUAGCACUAUUUCUAAACAUCUAUUCGAUAAAAGAACUAAUCAUGAAUCAUCCUUUACAAGUGAUACUGCAACCUCUGAUAUUAGUAGUAUAAGUAUAAGUAGUAGUAGUUCACGUUCAAAAUUUUUUACAAUUCAUAUAAAACUAAUUGAUAUAAAUGAUAAUGCACCAAAAUUUCCAAAUCCUCAAUAUACAAUUCAUGUUUCAGAAGGAAUACAUGUUGGAUCUAGGUUACCAUUACCAUUAGCAGAAGAUUUGGAUUGUAUAGAUUAUAAUAUUAUACGAUAUCAACUACUUACACAAGGUGAUGAUACAUUUGAAUUGAUUCAAUUAUCGAAUGAGUUAAUCACUAAUCUACCUUCAUUAGUUCCAUCUACCUCAAUUAAUAAUCAACCAAUCUAUUCAUCAAAUUUUAAUAGUUUAUCUUAUGAGACACAAAUGGAACAUACAUACACCUAUCAUCAGCAGCCAACAGUAAAUCAAGUGUUACCUUAUCAAAAUCGACCAGAACAAUUAUAUUUAAAAGUGAUGAAACAAUUAGAUUGGGAAACUAAACGUCAGUAUCAUUUUAUAUUAAAUGCUGAAGAUAGUGGAUCACCAGCAUUUACCGGUGAAAUGAGUUUGAUGAUUAUUGUCACUGAUGAAAAUGAUAAUCAUCCUAUAUUUCGUAAUAAAAGUUUAAUUAUUAAUGUACCAGAAAAUUCACCUGAAGGUUUACAUCUUAUUCAAUUAAUUGCUGAUGAUCCGGAUGAAGGUAAAUCUGGUCAAAUUAUAUAUAGUUUAGUAAAUAAUGAGAUCAACAUUCAAACCCCAACAUCAUCAUCAUCAUCGCCAUCGUCUUUGUCGUCAUCAUUGUCUAAUAAUGAUCAUUCUAAUCAACGUCCGUUACAUACUACUAUUUAUAAUUCUUCAACAUUAGGAUUGAAUACCAUAAAUACUAAUAGUAACAGUAAUGAUAAUAGUAAUGAAAUAAGAAAAGGAUUAUUUGACAUUGAUCCUAAAACUGGUUGGUUAAUAUUAAAUGAUCAUUUAGAUUAUGAAAAAUCAAAACAUCAUCUUAUUCGAGUGAUCGCACGCGAUCAAUCCGAUCAUCCAGGAUAUGAUGAAGCAAUAGUUAGUAUCUAUGUAACAGAUAUUAAUGAUGUAGCACCACAAAUUACAGUUGAAUCAGUUAAUCGUAUUUCAUCAAGUCAAUCGAUUCAUGAUCAUGAUCAUCAUCAUCAUCAUCAAUAUAAGAAUAAUAAUGUAUUAUAUGUCUAUGUCAAUGAAACUCCUGGACGUAAUACAAACAAUUAUCAAUUAGAUAAUGAACAUUUAAAUGAAUAUUCUAUAUUAACAAAGAUGACACAAUUAUUAGCAUUUAUAGUUGUUAAUGAUCCAGAUACUGGUCCCGGUGGUACAUUUCAAUGUUAUUUGGAACCAAUAGAUAGUAAUAAAGCACUUAGAUCCAAUAUGUAUACAUCGUUUUCAAUGAAAGAACAUGAUCAUUACUUGUCGUUGAAUCCAACGACUACUUCUACUACUUCUACUAGUACUAGUACUACUGCCAAUGGUCAAAGUUCAAUAGUUGGAAUGUUUCAAUUAAAUUCAAUAUCUAAUUUAAAUUAUGAAUUAAUUACAAUUUAUGGAUUUGAUUAUGAAAUGAGUAAAAGAGAAUCAGUUAAAAUUGUAUGUAGUGAUAAUGGUAAACCAAGUCUGACAUCAAGUCAUGUGAUUAAAGUGAUUGUACAAGAUUUAAAUGAUAAUCCACCAGUUUUUUCAAAAGAUUAUUAUAAUUUUUUUGUUCAAGAGAAUAGUCCAAUCAAUACAUUGCUUAAUAAAGUGUUAGCAACUGAUGCAGAUAGUGAAAAGAAUGCUGAAAUUAAAUAUCAAAUUAGUCAAGAUGGUAAAGAAUUUUUUAGUAUUAAUCAAUUGGAUGGAAGUAUUUAUACAAAAAUGAUAUUUGAUAGAGAAUUAAAACAAAAUUAUCGAUUUCAAGUCUAUGCUAAUGAUAAUGGUCAACCAAUUUCAUUGACAUCAACGACUACAAUUGAAGUAACUAUUAUCGAUGUAAACGAUAAUACACCACAGUUUGUUGGUUUAGAUCGUGAUAAUUGUUAUCAUUUUCGGAUAGCAGAAAAUCAACCACCGAAUACAUAUGUUGGUAUUCUACUUGGCACCGAUAAUGAUAUUGAUGAAAAUGCUCAAUUACAUUUUCGUUUACUUGGUACAACAUCUAAUUUUCGAUUGAAUAGUUCUACUGGUGAAUUAACCACGUUACAAUUAUUAGAUCGUGAAAAACAAUCAAAUUAUGAAUUAAUUGUUUUAUUAAUUGAUCAUGGUAAACCAUCACGUUCGGCAACAGCUAAAGUUCAUAUACAUGUAACGGAUAUAAAUGAUCAUGAUCCAAUUGUUGUAUUUCCGGUGAAUGGUAAAGGUAAUAUUAGUGUAUCUUAUCGAGAACCACCAGGUGAAAUAGUAGCACGAAUUGAAGCACGUGAUCCUGAUGAAGGCCAUAAUUCCUUAUUACAUUUCAAUUUAUAUUCUGGUAAUGAAGCUUCAGUAUUUCGUCUUGGUAGUACAUCAGCUGAAUUAAUCAUUGAUCGUGAAUUAACUGUACAAGAUAUUGGUUUAUAUCCAUUAAUAAUACAUAUACAAGAUGCUGGUAUUCCAUCACGCACAACAGAAGUGAAACUAUUAGUUAAAAUUACUGAUUCUCCACCUCGUCAUAUUUAUUCUAAUCGAUUUACGAAUUUAUAUCAUUCUAAAAAGAAUGAUUUAAAUCAUCAUCACCCUCAAUUAAAAGAUCAAUCUUAUUAUCAUCAAUUAAUCAAUAAUAAUAAUAAUAAUAAUGAAAAAUUAAUUAAAAUCAAUGAAAUUAAUAAUCAAGGUGAGAAUUCAAUUACUACAGGAUCUAUACUUAUUGCAAUUGUUGCAUUAAGUUGUGCUAUCAUUCUUGUACUUUUAGGUAUUAUUAUAUAUGUUUGUGAACGACGUGGAUUUCAAAAUUUUUGUUCUAAUCAUCAUAUUACUAAUACUAAUACUACCAUUAAUAGGAAUAUUCAUAAUAAUGAUAAUAAUCAUGAUGAUAGUCAUCUAAGUAAUCCUAUGAAAUAUCUAUUACAUAAUCAUCAUUCAUUCAAUAAUAAUAAUAAAAAAAAUUAUAAUAAUAUAACAACCUUAUAUCCCAAUAAAUCAAUAUUGAUCGAUAAUCAUAAUAAUCAUACUAAUCAUAAUGAUAAAUGUUUAAAUUAUUAUUAUCAUUCUAAUAAUUCAAUACAAUUUAAUCAUGAUAAUAAUCAAUAUAUCGAUCAAUCAAAUCAUUUACCAUACAAAUCAAUAUUGAUUGAAAAUAAUCCAUUAAAUGAUCAUGAUCAUGAAAAUAAUCAAUAUAUUGAUCCAUCCAAUAAUAUACCAUUCCAAUCAAUAUUGAUUGAAAAUAAUCAAUUAAAUGAUCAUGAUAAUAAUAAUAAUAAAGAAUAUACAACAUUACCAUUGAAUGAAAAACAAUAUUGGAUAUUAAAAAAUGAUGAAUAUACAUUACCUAAUCAAUAUGAACAAAAAAUUUUAUCAUUUAUUCAUAAUAAUCAUCAAGAGAAGUUGUCAAGGCAACAACAACAACAACAACAACAUGAUAAUGAUCAACAAAAUUUAAAUAUCAAAUCAACAAUAUCAAUGAAUUCAUCAACAAUAGAUUUCAUAACUAAUACUACUAUAUCAAGUAAUCAUAAUACUAUGGUAACAAUUACUGAUAAUAAUAUGAGUAGUAGUAUGAUUAAUAAUAAUAAAAAAAUGAAUCCAAUUUAUUUUACACAAUCGUUAAAAUUAAAAAAAUUGAACACUUCAAUCAAUAAUAAUCAGAAUCAUAAUGAUAUAAAUAAUGAUCCAUUGAAUAAUCAUGUCAAUGAAAGAAAUCCAUUAAAAAUUUCUAGAAGUUGGGAAUAUAUUGCAAUACCACAUAAUAAUCAAUCAUUGUCUCCUUUAUCAUCAAUCAAAGGAAAACACAAUAAACCACAGGAACAACAACAAAAAGCUUCAUGGACUUCUAAUAAUCAAACAAUUCCAUCAAAUAAAUCAACAACAAUUUUAUCACCCCAAGAAUCAACUAUACGUCAUACAGGUAAUUGUCUUUCAGAUAAUCAAUCUUUUACUACUAUUUGUACUAAUACUACUACUACAACUACGGCGACGACAACGUCUACGACGGCGACUGUUACAUCAUCAAAAUAUAUUGAUUAUACUACGAUUGAACAAAAUUCUAAUCAUUUAAAAACAUUUAAUAAACAAUAUAAUACUAAUUUAUCAGUAUUAUAUUUAAAUAAUUCAAAAAAUAUUAUUGAUUCUAAUCAAUUAAAUCAUAAACAACAAAUCAAUAAUCAAUCAUUUAUACCAAUCAAUUUAAUUGACUUAGCUGAUCAACAAUUAUAUAAUAUGAAAUCAUAUCCAUGUGAUCAUUCAAUCAUGAAUGAUUCUAGGUAUCCUCCAGUUAGUAACCAUAGUAACAAUAUUAACAAUAAUAAUGCAUUCAUAUAUAUGAUCAAUGAUCAACAGUAUUCACAUUCACAUCAUCAUCAUCAAAAUAAUGAUAAUAAUUCACCAGCUUCAACGGAUUUUGUUUAAAAUAAAUCAGUUCAAUGAUCAAUUUCUUGUUUGUUUAUUUGUUUAUCUUCUUUUUUCUGUUUUUUUUUGUUUUUACAAAACUUUCACAAUAAAAUGUUAAACAUUUGUAUAAGGGGUUUUGUGGAGAUUUAGUAUUUUCGUAGUUGCAAGCGUGAGUCAAUUGAAGCUAGACAAUGAAGGAAAACCUGGAAGCACUAGACGGCCGUUUCUUCCUAUUAUGGGACUCUUCAACAAUUGGUGUACGGUCGCUCAACUUUGUGGAUUGGUUGGAGUUAGACAUUAACACCAUCGGAAUGCCGGCUCAGUGGUCUAUCGGUUAAGUGCUCUAACGCGAGACUUGUAGGUCCUGAGUUCGAAUCUAGUGAGGCGAGGCCGUGAAUGCGCACUGCUGAGGAGUUCGGCAAUAGGACGAAGCGGACGUCCAGUGCAUUCAGGUCUUCGUUGGUGGUCUAGCUUCAAUUGGCUCACGCCUGCAAAUUGUAUAAUUGUACAUUUUUUUACAUAAAAGGAUUCAUUACAUUAGAUUAUAUAACAACAUUACUAAUCAUAAAUUUAUACUAAAAUAUAUAUGAAUAAAAAAACAUUGAUGAAACGAAGA